AUCUCCACUUUUGCAGUCUUCUUUUUGCAUAUAUAGCUUUGAUUUUUAGGGUUUUAUCGAGAAGAAAAGGAAUGGAGAAUCUCCCUCCAGGGUUCAGGUUCCAUCCCACAGAUGAAGAACUCAUCACUUACUAUCUUUCCCGCAAGGUGUCCGAUAUCAGCUUCACUUCCAAAGCUAUUGUCGAUGUUGAUCUCAAUAAAUGUGAACCUUGGGAUCUUCCAGCCAGGGCUUCAAUGGGGGAGAAAGAAUGGUACUUUUUUAGCUUGAGGGACCGGAAAUACCCGACCGGGCUUCGAACAAACCGAGCCACCGAAGCAGGGUAUUGGAAAACCACCGGCAAAGACAAGGAGAUCUUCCGGGCAGGCGGCGUUCUUGUUGGGAUGAAGAAAACCCUAGUUUUCUACAAGGGAAGAGCCCCUAAGGGCGAGAAAAGUAACUGGGUCAUGCAUGAAUAUAGGCUUGAAAACAAAAACCCUUUCAAAGCCACAAAGGAGGAAUGGGUGGUGUGUAGGGUAUUCCAAAAGACUGCAGCAGUGAAGAAACCGCAGCCAAGUUCAUCCUCGCAACCAUCGCUUGGAUCCCCAUGUGAUGCAAAUUCAAUUGUGAAUGAGUUUGGAGACGUUGAGCUACCAAACUUGAACAUCAAUGCUAAUCCAUCGAGUGCGUUCAGCGACAUUCCAAAUCCAGGUUAUAGUAAUACUGUUAACCAUGGUCAUAUGAACGCCAUGAACUUGAACCUAGAUUUUGGAGCAGCAACCCUUCCAUCGUCGCUCUCAUGGCCUUCUAGCAUUCUAAGCCCUAAUCUCCCCAUGAAUUCCUUUCUGCUCAAGGCAUUGCAGCUUAGGAAUUAUCAACCAAGAGAUGUUACAGCCAUGGAUUAUUCGAUUCUGUCGUCAACACAAGGGAUUAAUAUUCCUCCAUUCGCCACAGAUUUAGCUUCUAAUUUCCACGGGGCUUCUUCUUCUUCCAAGGUUGUACGUCCAAUGCCUCAACAGCAACAACAGCAACAACAACAGGAGCAACCAUUCAAUAUGGACUCCAUGUGGUGAAAAUUUGUAAGCCAAAUAUAUCUGAAAGUGUGAAAAAGCUAACACUUUGUCAAUAUUCCAUGACAUGAAAGGGUUGAUUAAGAUGAAAACAAUCUCAAUGUUGUAAUGAGCAGUUGUCGAGUUUCGAUCUUAUAUAUUAUGUUUGUUUACGUAGGUAAAUGUGGGGGAAAGAAACCCUAGAGAUCUCCUGUUCUAUUAUAUAUAUUUUCUAGAAUUAGAAUGCUAGGUUGUUAAUACACUUUUUCCAGUGAAAAGUACUAAUCAAUGUCCAUAAAUUCCAACUGCUAUAAU